AUGGCAACGGCUGGAGGUGAACACGAGGAUGCCCACGAUGGUCCGCGGCUUCAUGGAUGCGGUGAGGCCAAAGAAGUUUGGGCGAGAGUGUUGCAAGACAAGUUGGACGUGCAGAGUAAAGACUUUGCCAAGUACGUCCAAUCAAUCGUGUCUCACGAGCUGGACACCCGCUUGGAUCGCUUGUGGGAUCGCUUGCGACGGUUGCAUGCGUGCGGACAUGACAGUGGUUCGGACAGUUCAAGCAGUUCCGACAGGCCAGUGCUUGAUUUGCCAGAGAAUCUGCUUGGUUUUGUGGCUCCGCACGUGCCGCACGGUGACCCGCAUGGUGACCCGUUACUGGAAGAGGACACAGGAUGCACAGGACAAGGCGCCCGCCCAGGCUCGGAGCUUCCGGAGCUUCCCAGGCUACGCCGGCGAAGCGCAAUGGGAGGAAAUGGUCUUGGAAGGACGUCCCAAACAGGCGCGGCCGAGAUUCGGCACAGUCUGUUGCAUUCCGUUGCAGAGCUUGAUGCCCAACAUGCUCAACAAGCGUUUCGCCAAUCAGUUCUGGCCAUGCUGGUCUCGCCCACAUUGAACCAAACUGACAGCUGGGCUGUCGAACAUGAACGCCCAACCCGUUUUAUGAAGCUACGAAGCACUCUGCAGCGCAAGGUCUUGGAAACAACCUGGUUCGAAGGACUUGUGGUUUGCUGCAUCGGAUUGAAUACGGUCCUGAUUGGAAUUGCGAGCGAUUGGAACCUGCAGCACAUACACGAGGAAGAGCCCAAACAUUUCCGAGUCGCAGAGAGAGUGUUUGCGGUCAUUUUUGCAUUGGAGCUGUUUGCUCGAAUGUUUGCGUAUGGACCAGCUUUCUUUUGGAGAAUGGAUUGGCAGUGGAAUUACUUCGAUGUGGUGAUCGUAAGCGUGCAGCUUUUUGAAGAGGUCUCCAUGCUUCUAGGGGACGAUUAUCAGGGGGAGAUCCAGCUCAGCUCAUCGUCAAGUGCUAUCCGGAUUAUACGAACGUUCCGGCUGUUGCGAAUCCUCCGGAUCGUGCGCUUGCUUCGUUUUAUACAGGAGCUCCGAUCCAUGCUUUUUUCAAUCUUCUCUACUCUGAGGGCGCUGGGAUGGACAAUGGUGCUUUUGGCCAUGAUCAUCUUUGCGGCAGCAGUGUUCUUCGCGCAGUUUAUCAUCGAUGCCGGAGCCAUGAACAAGAACCUGAUGCUGGAACACCCGGAGCUGCAGCACUACUUUUCAGAUUUGUCCCGCACAAUGCUGUCCCUGUACCAGUCAAUGACGGGAGGACUUAGCUGGGACCUGGCGUUGCGACCGUUGGCUGAUACAGCCGGCGCGUGGAUUGGGAUCCCAUACGCCCUCUAUGUGGCCUUCGUGGUGCUCGCACUCAUGAACAUUGCCACAGGGAUGUUCGUGCAAGCAUCUUUGAGUGCCCAUGAACGACAGAGGGAGAAGGAGAUUCGAAGGCAACUUCGACUGUUGUUUCGCACGGCUGACCUUAACAAUGAUGGUGACCUCACAAUGGAAGAGUUUGAUCGCUUCUUAGACAACGAAGACAAGUCAAAGUACUUCCUCAGCGCCUUGGGCAUGGAUGCACAAGAAGCGCGAGGUUUGUUCCUUCUGCUGGACACCGCUGAGUGCUCAAAGGUGAGCUUUGAUGAACUUUUAGAUGGAGUCUUGCGCUUGCGGGGUCCUGCCCAAGCCAUAGACCUGGCCACGUUGAUGUACUGCAACAAACGCAUGAUUUCGUGGCUACGAGAGAGACUGAGUGGAUUACAAGACUCCGUGGACAUGCUCCACGGGUUGCAUGGAUCCUCUAGAGUGUCAAGGCCUCGCAAAGUGAGUGUAUACGCCAGCUGGAAGGAAGUUAUGACACGAGAGGGCGAUCAACAUCAUACAGUGGUCCUCGUCGGAGUUACUGGUGAUGGCAAGAGUUCCACAGGAAACGCGCUGUGUGGGCAGUCCGUCUUCAAAGUGUCUGGUGGCCUUCAUUCAGAAACGCAGGAAUUAGCUCAUGCGGAUUACCUUCGCGGCGGCAGCUUCUGGCGAGUCAUCGACACUGUCGGCUUGAAUGACACGGGCCUCUCGCAAACAGAGGUCCUAGAUCGGUUUUCCACCUUUGCAGAAGCGGCUGCUGAAGGAAUCAGCGUCUUCCUCUUCGUGGUGCGUUGGGGCCGUUUCAAGCCAGAGCAUGACGAGGCCCUCGCGGCCUUCGCUGCGAACUGCGGGGAAACAGCUCUUCGUCACACGUUGCUUGUUUUUACCCACUGCGACCUAAGCGACGAGGCGCUGGUGCGUCAACUCUCCGACACCUCCACCCCAUCAUCUUUGCAACGGUGGUUGGAGCGCAUUGGUGGCGGUGCUGUGGGCAUAAACAAUGACGAUGGUUCAACGGCCAGAUCUCGUUUGCAGAAGGCCAUUGAGAGUGUGGUGAUGAGCACGGGCGGCCUGCGAUACAGCAAUGAGGCGUUGGUACAAGCGCGGGCGCAGCUAAAGGAAGCAGAAGAAGCUGAAAGAAAAGCGUUUGCGGCCGCUGUUGCUGAAUGGAGACGCGGCACUGGCCCGGCUGCUGGUCCGCAGAGAUCCGCAGAGAUCCGCAGAGCGUGGGUUCGGGGCGCUGAGAUAGAUAGGUGGAUCGAGGUGGAACCUUUGCCACAGGUGUUUUUGGACAGCCUUUGUUGGUCAUCUCUGCUUCGUUUUUUUGCAGGGUCUUUCGGGUGUCCAAGAACUGUUCUGUUCAGUAUGUUGAACAAAGCAGGCAUCCGCAGCAUUGGUUGUGAAGGUUCCGCGAAUAUGCCCGCGCAGUGCAUGACAAUGUGUAGGACUGGUUGGGAAUCCGGCCAUCCCUUUCAACGGAACGGCUUGUGGCGCGAGUGGGGGAUUAUUGUUUCCAUGCGGCAGACCCAGACUGCCCUAGCUAGAAGCGCCCCAUGCUGCAUGUUCAGGGGGGAGUAG